UCCGAUGCCGACGUUGUCGAAUUGGAGCAUUUGAAGGACCAUUACGGUAACGAAAAUGCAGAUGCUACUGUGCAAAAUCCGACAUACCCAGAUCGACCCUUCGAGCCCUCUUUCGAAGGCAGAUCUGUAAGUGCAGAACCAAUAAGUGAAUCUCAAGAAUUGGAACGACAGCUGGAGCAAAUGCCAGCUAUUACUACAAAAUUGGAAAAGAGCACGACAACAGAGUUACCACCAGCUCCGGUUGUGCCCGAGAAUCGUGACGAACCGCAGUCACCUGUAGAGGGUAUCGGUAUGCACCGGCCACCCACUCUUCAGCAUGACAAUGGCGGCAAAACGUUAACUGACGCUGGUGGUGCUUCAGGUCCCCAACAGGCUGCAGAUAGUGGCACCAUUAUAACUGGUGGUGGAAGUCCACCUGCACCCUCUGCCAUCAAGCCUUUCUAUGGUGCGGCACGUUUGGCAUUUGGUCAAAAUCCGGAAGUGCUUCCAACUACCACAGCUAAAGCAUCUACAUCUACAAAAACAACAAUGUCCGGUAUAUCUACUUCCACUAGUACAAUGACAGCAACAACAACAACUACCAGUACCACCCCUCAAGCACCCAUCCAAAGCAAUAGCGAUGAAAAACUUAUUACUGCGGGCGAAUCAGAUACACUUCCGCUCGAUGUCGAAACUGUCAACUCAAAUAGGCAAGAAAUUACUGGAACCAUUCCGGCCGAUAAGCUGCCUGAUCAAAUCAAAUCAACAGCUCAACGUCGAUCGGUGACCUUAAUGCCACCCCAACAGACUGUUGAGGCUCUGCUAAAGCGUCACAAUGGACAAAUAACGCCUUUUGACAUGGCACAGUACGUAUUUUGGACCGGCGAUGAGGCUGGUGUUGCACGCGCCGUUGAAGAGCUAAUCGAUCGGGGAGUGAUGACACGUGAAAAUGCCUUAGCAUUUUUGCGGGAGGUGCGUGUUGGCAUUGAAUACCUACAGCAAUCUUAUACAAAUCGGAUAUUUCCGGAGGCUGGCUUGAAUAUUAACAUCGAUAAGAAAAUGUUCCAACCUCCGCAAACCAAAACUAUAAUACCACCAACCGUUUCGCCAACAAAUGAAAAAAACUUGCUUCCUUACUUACGACUGGAUCGACUAUUGCACUCUAACAAUGAAAAUCCAAUGAAGUCAGUCGAAAAUAUAUCGGUAUGGCAUAAAUUGCAGGCGCUAAGCAAUGAUGGCAAUCAAGAUCUAAAUGAUUAUGAUGAGACCGGUGAAAGAGCUAAAAUAUCACAAUUUCUUUACAAUGAAUACACCUUGGAAGACAUUUUAUAUAAAUUAGCAAAGAUUAUGUUCACACAAUCUUUGUCGCACGGUUCCGACGAAGCCCAGCAUGAGUUGCAGAAACUAACCGACUUUUUGGAGCGUGAAGGAAAUAUUGGUGUUAUACCCAUUGAUUUGCAGAAAAAAGUUUUGCAUAUUUUAUUCCGCGCACUCUCCGAUACUCUAGCGGAACGUCCCGAAUUGUUGUCUGCUGCUAAUGUGAAUCUAGCUAAUCCCUACAAUCGUCUUCCUCUACGCACUUUAGAGCCAUAAAGGCGUUAAAGCAACCAGUGAUUCCAGCAUAGAUGCUAACUUCCAAACAUAUGUAUGUAAUUCAUUUGUUCCAACUUAAAACUACAUACAUACGUGCUUCAAAGUUAUCAAAUGUGAAGGCAACUAAGUACUCGACUCCAAAGUAUCUUACUUUUUGUAUUAUUUAGGCAAAUUAGAAUUUUGUCAAGCAUGAGAAUUUAAUUUCAGUAAGAAAAAAAAAAUCCUGCUUAAAAUCCAUAUUAAUUUUUGCUAUUAGCACGAAUGAGUUUUAUGUAUUUUGAAUACUGCAUAGCAGCUUUACCGAAUUUAUCUACUUAAGUGAGAAGGAAGUAAUAUAACAAAUAAAAUGUAUGAAUACAUGUAGGUACGUGUGUUAGUAAAGCGAUAAUCGCAAGUAAGUUUAAGAACACUAUAUUCAAGCACAGCAGAGAAACGUAAAACUAAUUGGCUACGCAUAUGAAACUGAUUUUUUGUAGCGUCCUUAAAUCGAUAUUAUAUACAUAUCGUCGUUUUUGAAGUACAAAACCGCGUAUCAACAAAAUACAAAACCGCGUAUGUGAAUUAUGUAAAUUAUUUUCAAGAGAGUAAAAACUCUCUUAUUUCAAAAUGGUUCUCUUUUUUAUAAAGCAAUCGCAUUUCUGGCUAGUAUAUUUCAGGACGAAUGGAUAAGGAUUUAGCCAAGAGCUUGUGUGAGCAAAUCCAAUUUUUGUCAGCAAAUGUCAGUUACGCGGUUUUGCAGAAUGACGAAACGCGGUUUUGUACUUUAAACGACGAUAUACAUACAUAUGUAUGUAAAUAAACGUAAAGAGAUAGGUAUUCAAAAUUUUCAAGGUUUUUUUAAAGAAAAACUCGUUUGAUUCAUAUAAAUUAAUAUCGUCACCUGAAAUGCAAAAAGACGUAACAAACAUCAUCGGUGAAAUGCAAAAAGUCAUAACUAAUAAAAAAUUCAAAAUUCACUUUU